GUGUGAUGUAGCUGGCUGGAGCUCCCCAGCAGACCUUUCCUUUCAGCGAGAUGGCGGCCGCCGCCGCAGCAGCGGCGGGACCAUCCGAUUCGUCCAAGAAGAGAAAGCACGACGGCAGCGAGCCCCAACACGAGUCUCUGGUGUUGAUGUUCGAUGGCGUGACGACGGGCCUCGCGCCGACCAGCACGUGUUCGCGGAAGCGGCAAACUCUUCGUCGCUGCUCGAGUGCCUGCAGUCGCUUCAGUCCCUGGCAGAGUCAGCGGCUGGGCGGGUCAAGCGGCUGGCCGCAGAGAUCAACGCCACCAUCCAGAAGCACGGCGGCAUCCCCAGCACGGAGGUGAACCCGGACCAGGAGCCCAUCCAGCUGAAUGUCGGCGGGCAGGUGAUGGCCAUCCCUGCCCGCAGCUUCCUCCACCCCUUCAUGCGGCCCACCUACAUCGCCACCCUGCUGCUGCAGUUCCGCUCUCGGCUGCCGAGGGACAAGGACGGCCGGGCGUACCUGGAGGCCUCACCUGACUACAUGAGAUGGCUCGGCAACAAGCUGGCGCUGCUCGAGAGCCAGAGCAGCGCCAAGAUCCAGGAGGAGCUUCGUGAGGAGCGUGACGAGUACCACGAGCUCUUCAUGCAGCGGCUGGGGGAGAGGGGGGCGGAGGCGAAGGUGAAGGUGGAGGGCGGGGAGGCGAUGGGGAUGGGCGGGCGCGGAGGGGAGGUAGAGCUUAGCGUGGAGGGGCAGGUGGACAAGAUGCUGCGGUUGCUGGGGCGGCGCAAUGCCGCUGUCGAGGCCCUCGAGUCGGUCAAGACGCGGCUGGCCGACUUUCUCGAGACCAUGCGCCCAUUCAUGAGGCCCAUGCAUCUUGACUCCACGGAGAUCGAGAUUUGGAGCCUGGAGGUGAUGGGGCAGGAGGUGGCCAUCACGAGCCGCACCCUCUCACACUUGGGGCCCGACCGUACACUCGCCGAGCGCUUCUCGCCGUAAGCAGCAGGUACACACUUAGCAGUGCCUUGCCACGUGUUUCCAUGGAUGGAUGCGUUUGUGUGCAGGAAUCAUCCGGCCGGGCGCACCGUCCUGCAGACAUCAGCGGAACACUUCAGCAAGAUCGUAGGUGAGUGGGUGCACUCCCAGGCAGGCAGGCAGGCAGGCAGGCAGCCAGACCGCUGAAUUCCUCCUCAUGUUUCGUUUGCAGAUUAUGCUCGUCGCGUGGCCGUGAUGCCCAGCCGGAUCAAGGUGCAUCGGCCAGUCGUCAUCCCAAGCGAGCAGGAGGCCUUUCAACACCUCUUCCAGCUCUAUGGCAUGGAGGGAAUAGGGUCAGCCAACACGCACCCAACACACAGUCAGGGAGACGUGAAGAGGGUCCCGUGUGUUUGCUGUGUAGGUUGAUGUACCAGAUAUUCGUCACCUCGGGCAACUUCGCCGGCUUCGGCGCCACGACCAUCACAGUGAAUGAGCACAUGACGGUCGAGAAGGUCAAGACCAUCGUCUACUCCAAGUGGGGCAUUAUGGCGCGAUACCUCAGGUGUGUCGGCGGCAGAUGUCUCAUGGACGACGACGCAACAAUGGCUCACUGCCAGGUGUGGAAGGAAAGCACCGUAAAGGUGUAUCUGUAGCCACCCUUGGCGAGGAGAGGAGAGAGGGGAGAGGGGGAGGGACCGGAGGGACGGGAGGGUGAAUUCGCAUGACUGCUGCAUUGCAUGCAUGUGUCCAUAUGUAUGUAUGACAUGCAUGAUGGUUCUGUAUACGAACAGCCAUGGUUCUAUAUAACGGAAUGCCAUCAAACUCGUCGUUGAUGGACUGUUGAUGACUGGGUCCGGAAGGGUGGGUGGUCAUGCGCCCCUCACAGAGAUAGAAGGGGCGGGGUGGGGCGGGGCUGUGUGUGUGUGGGCGGCAGCGAAGAGAGAUAGACAGCGGCCCCUUUUCCAUUUCAGCUGGUGUUCCAGUGACUGAGCAAGAGGGGAUUCGAGUGAGUGGGGGGCUGGGUACUCAGCCCCCCACUCAGGGGUUGGAUGGACUGCUGAUGGAUAGACGGACGGGCAGACACACUGCACUGAUCACACAGGGGGCCUGGUGGGGAGACAGACGGGAACAGUGAAUAGCAGUGAAUUCAAAGUGGGGAUUGUUGUCAGGAACAGGAUAUACCAACCACUUGUCCACUGGGAGGGUGGCAGGGAGCCCAACCACUGGCCGAGGGACGACCUGCGGCUGCACAUGUGGGAGAACGACGGGGCAUGGUGAGUGAGUGGGGGUGGAAGGGCUGGCAGGGAUGGCAUGGCAGGGAGGAGGCGAACAGACAGCGGGCAUGUCCUUGUGUGUGUGGUGUGUGGUGUGUGCAGGAUGUCUGCUGCUAACGAGAUGUGUUAUGUGUCGGAGCCAGAGCCUGACACCACUGUGCGGGUGCACCAACACCGACACACAGACACACAUGGACGCACACAGAGAGACAUAUGUCAUGUCUUUCGUGUCUCGUGCCUCAUGUCCCGUUCGUUCAGCGUGGGAGUGGAGGCCGCUUCUUCUCGCACAGGAUAUGCUACCACCGCCGAUCCUUCAUGCACCACGUACGGGCCACCAGCAUCGAAAUGCCCAAAGGAUCAUCUGUCUGUCUGUCUGUUGACUGAUGGAUGGCCAUGAGUGCAGGCCGUGAGUGCUGAUCUGGACGAUGCCGUGGCCCAUUUCCUUGGGGACGUGCGCAAGCUCGAGUGCCGGUCCAGGUUGACAGACCUGCCGCCCAGCAGACCCUCCACACCCACAGUAACUAAACCACCACAAGAAAGCCCCGACACGUUCAUCCGUCUCUGUAUUUUUUUCUUUCUUCUGUCGUAGUCUGAGGGUGCCUCCUCAUCUGCAUCAGCGUCAGCAGCGGCAGUGUCUGCGAGGGAUCGGCGUGUGGCCCUGACUGGCCUGCGCGAGGUGUCCCGUGCCCUAGCCAUGGGGCGGCUCAAGGUCAUUCUGGUGGCACCGAACAUCGAAGAAAUCACCAGCCUAGGUCAGUCAAGGGGGUAAAGGGGACCACAUGGUGCGCAAGAGUGUGCAUUGAUCAUGUACAGGCGGGCUGGAGGACCGUGUCAAGUGUCUGAUGAUGGGGGCCGCUAAGAAGGAGGUGCCUGUCAUAUUCGCACUCAGCAGGUAGAAGGGCGAGAGGAUCACGCACACACACACACACCGUGCUGUUUGUGUUGUGCUGCUGACAGGGCCCAGCUGGGUCGUGCGCUAGGGAAGAACAUGAGGGUGAGCCUCGUGGGAGUGCAAUCCAUCCACAGGUGUGCAGACACGUACAAACAGGUGACUGACUGACACGAAAGAGAGAGACACGGAGACGCUUGUUGACAUGCGACACCCUGAGUGAGUGAGUCGGUUUGCAGAUGAUAGAUACGUGGCUGCAGCACAAGUGAGGUGAGCGGCACUCAAGACUGAUCUCUCUCUCUCUCUGCGCUGUAAACAAAACAAG